AUGGCACAAGGCCACAUGAUCCCCAUGGUCGACAUCGCCAAGCUCCUAGCCUCCCGCCACGGCGUCCUCGUCACCAUCGUCACAACUCCGGUCAACGCCGCCCGAUUCAAAUCCCCGCUCGACCGCGCAAUCAACGAGCUCCGCCUUCCGAUCACCGUCGUCCAGCUCCGUUUCCCCUGCUCCGAAGCAGGGCUACCCGAAAACUGCGAAUGCGUCGACCUGCUCCCUUCCGUCGCCUCCCUCGCCGGAAUCUUCCGCGCCGCCGCAUUAAUGGAGCCUCAGGUCGAAACCCUCUUCCAAACCCUCAAUCCGCCUCCCAGCUGCAUCGUCUCCGACUUCUGCCUCCCUUACACCAACAGGAUAGCGAAGAAAUUCGACGUGCCGAGGAUCAGCUUCCACGGAUUCAGCUGCUUCAGCCUCCUCUGCCUCCACUUGAUGAAGCUCCACGAGGACGAAUUCCAGAGCUGCGCGAGCUCCGACCACGAAUACUUCGUCGUUCCGGGGUUCCCGGGAGGAAUCGAGCUCACCAGGGAGCAGCUUCCGUUGCAGUCGAAGAAGCCAGGGGAUGAUCUAGGGAAGGCGGAGUCGGAGGCAGAGUCGGAGGCUUAUGGGGUCAUUGUGAACUCGUUCGAGGAAAUGGAGGCAGAGUACCUGAAGGAAUUCAAGGAGGCGAAACAGGGGAGGGUUUGGUGCGUUGGGCCAGUUUCGCUGACGAAACGUUUCGAAUUGGAUGACUUGGAGAGAGGGAACUCUUCGUCGUCAGUUCGUGUCGAUCAGUGUCUAAGUUGGUUAGAUGACAAGGAAUGUAAUUCUGCGAUUUAUAUCUGCCUGGGCUCUAUAUGCAACCUCUCGUCGGCUCAACUGAUCGAGCUCGCUUUGGGGCUCGAGGCGUCGGAGAAGGUAUUUGUAUGGGUUGUUAAGGAGAUUGAGAAGACCAAGGAGCUUCUCGAGUGGAUGGCGGAUGAGAAGUUCGAGGAGAGGGUUUCUCCGAGAGGGAUGGUGAUACGAGGGUGGGCGCCGCAGGUGCUGAUCUUGUCCCACCCUUCCGUUGGAGGGUUCCUCACUCACUGUGGCUGGAAUUCUUCCCUGGAGGGGAUCAGUGCAGGGGUUCCAUUGGUGACGUGGCCUAUGUUUGCGGAUCAAUUCUGCAACGAGAAGCUAAUCGUUGAAGUGGUGAGAACAGGUGUGAAAGUUGGAGCGUGGCGCCCCACGAUCUGGGAUGGGAAGGAGGAAACGAAAGAAGUGUUGGUGACGAGGGAGCAAGUGGAGAGGGCGGUGAGACUAGCGAUGGAUGGUGGAGAGGAAGAAGAAGCGAGAAGGAAGAGAGCACAGGAGCUUGCUGGUAUGGCGAGACGAGCCGUGGGAAAUGGAGGAUCUUCUCAUAAAAAUGUUGCCAUGUUGAUCGAAGAUAUCAUUCAACAGCAAGAGCUAAGAAAAGCGUAG